AUGGCCACCCGUCCGCAGCUCUCAGUAGCCAUCCCCCAGACACAGGCAGACCACCAGGCCGAAGAAGCCGCCCUCGACUCCUACACGCCCUCGGCGUACCUCUACUCGGCCCAUGGUCCUGCCUUUGGCAUCCAGCUCUGCUCCUGCCCCAUCUGCGUCUACGUCGGUGCUGCCGAGUGGGCAUCGGCUGCUGCUCACGAUGAUGGCCAUGACGAUGAUGGUGGUGAUGAUGGGGGUGAGGGCCCUUCGGAAGGUUAUGCGAUUGUGCGCGAUGCGGCGGCAGAGGUGGCGCGAAAUGCAGCCGACAAUGGUGGCGGCGAGUGGGGUUACGGCGAUGGCAGUGGCGAGUAUGUUGACGACGACGACGGAUGGGCCGUCGACGAGCUGUACAUCUCGCCAACAACUGAAAAGGCCUUCUCGCAGGCGCUCGAGUGGGAGACGUCGCGAUCAAAGGCUUCGCAUCCGCGCGGGGCUGGGCGCAAGAAGCGGGAGCCCAAGCGGCGACAAAACGAGCGGUAUGACGAGAAUCUAGGCCGAGUCAUCCACACCAAGAAGACCAAGAUCAAGGCGUCGGUGUACGCCAAGGCCGAGGCCACUCGUGCUGCUAUUGUCGAGCAGAACGAGCGCCGCAAGAACAACGCCCGCCUCCGACUCGGCCUGCUCAUCUCGGCCGCCGGCCUCGAGCCAUCGUUCGCCGCCGCCGCUGCCGCUGCCGCGGAUACACCGCGGUACCACGCGCCGUCGCGGCCUACGCGAUCGCGGCAGCAGCGGCAUCAGCGGCAGCAGCGGCAGCAGCCACCGCAGCCGGUCGCCGCCUCGCGGCACGACUACACUCGCCAGCUGAUGGAGGAUCUGGGAGUGGAGGAGCGACUGGCGCGUCUGCUGUUCGAGCUGCAAACACGCGACGCCACGCCCGAGGACUACGAGCUGCUGCUCGAGCUGGACGAGACUGUCGAGGCGCGGACGCUCGACGCCGCCACGGUCGACGUUCUCCCGACGCUCACGGUGGGGUCCGGGCCGGGCGAGUACGAUCCGGUGGCCGACGCCGACGCGCUCUGCCCGGUCUGCAUGUUCGAGUACGAGGCCGGCGAGUCGGUGCGGCAGCUGCCGUGCGGACACGCCUUCCACGUCGAGUGCAUCGACGAGUGGCUGCGGAACCACGCACGGACGUGUCCAGUUGACCGGACCGAGCUCGACCAGUGAGGAGCAGCCGGUACUGGCAGCGGUUGUUUAUCACAAGCCCAGCAAAGGGCUACUUGUGCUGCGACGACGGCGAUGGUGACGGCGACGGGGUCGACGCUGCGGCGUCCGAGUUGCGACGCGACACCGCGGCCGACGACGACUUGAUGCUCUCGAGGGCUACGAGGAGGCGACGCGAGAUCUCGAAAAAGGCAAACGAGGUCCCACGGCGGCGCAUAAAGUCGAGGACGUAGACGCGA